AUGACUCCCCGAUGCUACAUCCUGGCUCCCUCCACGGCUCUCUGCAUCAUCAGCCUCUUCUGUGCCCAUGGAGCCCCAGUGUCGCCCACGGGUGCUCACCUGAUGCUGUGCCAGGCACACUCCAGAUGUGGGAACAAGUUCUACGACCCCCAGCAGCACUGUUGCUAUGAUGACGCCGUGGUGCCCUUGAGCAGGACCCAGAAGUGUGGAAACUGCACCUUCAGGGUCUGCUUUGAGCAGUGCUGUCCCUGGUCACUGAGACCCCAGGAGACCUUCGUGGUAAAAGUGAGAGGCCAGGGCUGUUGCUUGGCACCCACAUUGGAUGACAGGGUUUGUUCCAGUGUCAGCUGA